AGUCGCUGCGAAAAUUGACGCCAAACUUUGCCUCUCCGGAGCCCAGUGGCCGGGGCUCGGAGAGCGGCUACCCGGGCAGGCCGACGCAGAGCCGGGCUUCAGCCGGGGCAGAGGGUCGGUGUCCCCGCCGCGUCUCCGCACCAGACCUGCUGAAUCUCCAACAUGGUUCCAUCAUGAGCGAUCAGCCGCUGGACCUCUGGUUCUGUGAGGACUGUCAGGACUAUUUCCAGAAGGAGUGUCCGACCCACGGACCUCCGCUGUUCGUCCCCGACACUCCUGCAGUUCCAGGGACGACCAACAGGGCAGCGCUCACCGUCCCGUCAGGCCUGGAGGUCUUCACUGAGGGGGACGAGGUGGACGUCCGCUGCCUGGAUGCGACCAUCCCAAAGGGGGCGCUGUUCGGUCCGUACGACGGGGAGCUGGUGUCCAAAGACAAAUCCUCCGGCUUCUUCUCCUGGAUUAUUGUGGAUGUAAACAACACAUAUCAGUCCAUCGAUGGCAGCGAUGAGACCAAAGCCAACUGGAUGAGGUUCGUCCGGACCUCGUCGGACGACAGCGACAGGAACCUGACGGCGUUCCAGCACGGCAAGAACAUCUACUUCAGAGCCUGUCGGCAGCUGGAGGCCGGAGAGAAGCUGAGGGUUUGGUACAGCGACGAUUACAUCCAACGACUCCACUGCGUUUCUCAGGAGAGCAUCGACCGAAACCUGGACGCAGAUCCUGGCCAUCCAGCAGUGCUGCGCAAACUUCAGAAGGACUUCAAAUCUCCGUGCCUGCAGUCAGCUCUGCAGGGAAAACUGUGCUCCACUAAACAGCCCAGCGAGGAUUCGGACGGUCAGCCUCCGGCCAAGAGGAAAAAGAUCGACCUGAUCUUCAAAGACGUCCUGGAAGCUUCUCUGGAGGACUCCCGGUCUAGAUCCUGCCUCCCUGGAGACUGUAAGCUGCCGAUGCUCGGGUUCAACUCGUCUGAGAGCAGCUUCAACAUUCCUGACCUGAAGGUGGAGGAGAAAGAGGAGGAGAACCAGAGCGGAGAGGAACCUUCCACCUCCUUCUGCCCCAACUGUGUCAAGCUGAGAAGGAGGAUCAUGGAGCUGGAGGAGGAGCUGAGCCGCCUCAGGGCAGGAAAGGGCGACGGAACCGGACCACCUGAGAAGGUCCUACUGGAUCAAGGUCCACCGCAUCCCGAACAGGGGCCCAUCGAGGACUUCCAAGGGAUGGAGCCCUUGACGCCCACUCAGGUGGUUCUGGAUGAAGAUGACCAGGACGUGGACUCGGCCGAUGAGUCCAUCACAGCAGAUCUGGUGAUUUCUCCGGAGGACUCGUCAAAGCUUUCGUCCGUGGGAAGCAGACGGAUUCGCCGCUUCAAGCAGGAGUGGCUGAAAAAAUUCUGGUUCCUCCGUUAUUCGCCGACCCUGAACGAGAUGUGGUGUCACGUCUGUCGCCAGUACACCGUCCAGUCGUCACGCACUUCGGCCUUCAUUAUCGGCUCCAAGCAGUUCAAGAUCCACACCAUCAAGCUGCACAGCCAGAGCAACCUCCACAAGAAGUGUCUGCAGCUGUACAAGCUGCGUAUGCAUCCGGAGAAGACUGAGGAAAUGUGUAAGAACAUGAUGCUGCUGUUUAAUGCGGCGUACCACCUGGCUCUGGAGGGGCGGCCCUUCUCCGACCUCCGUUCGCUGGCCGAGCUGCUGAAGAAGUGCGAGCUCAAAGUGGUGGACCAGUACAUGAACGAAGGCGACUGUCAGAUCCUCAUCCACCACAUCGGCAGGGCUUUGAAGGAGGAUCUGGCUGAGAAGAUGCGCCUCUCGCCCUUCCUGAGCGUCAUCAUGGACGCACAAAAUGACGAUCUCUUCUCCGACAUGGUGGCUGUCUACGUCCAGUUCAUGACCAAUGAGGGUUCCCCCAACACGGAGUUCCUGUCCCUGCAGAGACUGAGCAUGGCCAGUGUGGACGGGUACCUCCAGGUGAUGGAUCGUGCCUUCAGCGUCCUCGGCCUCCGGUUUCAGGACAUGCUGGUGGUUGGUUUGGGCGUAGACGGGACCAACAUUUCUUCAGGGAUGAGGGCAAACCUGUACAUCGCUGUCCAGAAGACUUUUCCCUGGAUCCUCUGCCUUCCUAUCAUGAUCCACCGGCCUCAUCUGGAGGUUCUGGACGCCAUCAGCGGGAAGGAUCUGUCCUGCCUGGAGGACCUGGAAAACAACCUGAAGCAGCUGCUCAGCUUCUACCGCUACUCCCCUCGCAUGAUGGCAGAGCUGCGAUCCACAGCUCCAACGCUGUCCGAGGAGACGGAGUUCCUGGGAGACAUCAGAGCCAUACGCUGGAUCAUCGGAGAGCCAAACGUCCUCAACGCACUCAUCAAGGAUUACCUGGAGGUGGUCGCACACCUGAAGGAGAUCAGCAGCCAGACACAGAGGGCCGAUGCUUCAGCUAUCGCACUCACCCUCCUCCAGUUCCUCAUGGACUACCAGUCAGUCAAACUUAUUUACUUCCUGCUGGAUAUCAUCGCUGUCCUUUCACGGUUGGCCUUCACCUUCCAGGGGGAGUAUCUUCUUGUGUCGCAGGUGGAAGCCAAGCUAGAGGAGGCCAUCCAGGAGAUCGGCCAGCUGGUGGACUGCCCUGGAGAAUACCUGCAGGAGUUUGAAGAGAACUUCAGAGAAAGUUUCAAUGGUGUCGCGUUGAAGAACCUGCGAGUCGCUGAGUCCAAGUUUCAGUCCAUCCGAGAGAAGAUCUGCAACCGGAGCCAAGGCAUCCUUUCUCAGAGGCUGGACCUGCAGAGCCGCUCGUUCGCCAAAGCCUGCCGAGUGCUGGACCUGUCCACGUGGCCGCACAGCCACGAGGACCUGCAGGCCUAUGGGGACGAGGAGAUCCAGACCAUCUUCAACCACCUGGAGUCGAUUCCCUUGGCGGGUCAGGAGGGUUUCCAGGCCCGGACGGAGACCAGAGACAGCCUGGUGGUCGAGUGGAAGGACCUUAAAGCCGACUACUACAGUAUGAACAGCUUCAAAGAGGUCAUCGGCCACAUCUGCAGGUACAAGCAGCGGUUCCCCCUUCUGAACCGGAUCAUGCAGGUGGUCCGGGUGCUGCCCAGCUCCACGGCCUGCUGCGAUAAAGGCCGAGGGUCUCUGCAGAAGAUGUGUAAGAACAACCGCUCCCGAUUGACCCUGGAGCAGAUGAACGACCUGCUGACGGUGGCCGUUAACGGGCCACCCAUCACCAACUUUGACGGGAAGCGAGCGUUGGACAGCUGGUUCGAAGAGAAGUCCGGCAGCAGCUACUCACUCUCGGCUGAGGUACUGAACCGGAUGUCGGAUCAGAAGUCGGUCCUGCACAACGUCGACGUCAACACAGAGUUCUACCCUGACAUCUGACAGGAAACCCAGCAGCGUACUGGAACCACAAACUGGUGUCCAGCCAGCCAGACAUACAUGGAAAGAUUCAGUUAUUCCGAACAGUUUGUAGGAUUGAAAAGAACUGAAAGCAAAUGGUACAACGUCCAGAAAUGCAAGCUUCACCAAAGCUACUCAAGAAGUCUGAACAUAAAAUAAAUCCCUGCAUGUCCCCUGUUGACUCCUGCUUUCUCUGCAGUGGAACAAGUCUAUCAAAGGGGCAUCAUAACGGGGUAUUUAUGAGCAAUAGGUCUGUAGGGCCACCAUUGUUCUGCUGUGCACCUCAAGGCAAACCUCUAAGACAAGAGUCCAACUUGUCAUGGCGCCUCUCUAGGCUUCACCUUCCAAACAACACUUUAAUGAGACAAAAGAGACACAAAGAGACGCAAAAUGACAAAGAAAAACAAUAACUACUACGACCGAAAAAACCAUAAAUGAGAGACAAGACGACCACAAGGGAAAAAGAGUGCAAAGAGUCACAAAAAAAGUCUCAAGGAGAUUAAAAAAACUACAACAAAGUGAUGCAAAUAGACAAAGAAAAGCAAUUUAAUUGCACAAUGACGACAAAGAUAUGGGAAAAGGCAUCAAAGAGACAAAAUGACAAACAAAAAUAAAGACAACAAAAAACAAAAAAUGGACUUAAAGAGGAACUACAAAAAGAGAAAAAAAUCACAACAAAAAGGUGUAAAAUAACCACAAAGAAACAGAAAAGAAGGACAAGGCGAUUCAAAACAACAAAGAGACGCAAAACAAUAACAGAGAGAUAGAAGACAAAAGCGAAGAGACACAAAAUGACUACAAAAAACACAAAACAAGGACAGAAACACAAACCAACCACGAAGUGACAUAAAAUGACCACAAAGAGACAAAAAACUAAGACAAAGAGAUGCAAAACUAGGGCUGGCCCAGUUGUGGUUUCUGGUCUCCGGAUAUUCGGGUCCUAUUAAAGACGAAUAUCCGAAUAUUUGUUCCGCCUCGUAACGUCCGACGGGGGGUGGGGUGGGGGGUGUAUCUAUGUGGUGGAGACGGCCCGAAUAUUUGGAUCCAUUCGUCUGGUCUCCCAGUACUGCCUUCGUUUUGUCUUCAGUUAAACUGAAGAAUUCCCAAACAGCGGAGGUCUUCCGCAUCUUGUCUUGUGUUUAUGCAACGAAUUGAAGCGUGAGGUCAGAGUCGGCAGCCACGCGGCCAUUCGGGUGGUGGUAAGAAACACGAAUGGAUGAGCCGAGAUGAGCCGAACAUGGCGGGAUGAGCCAAAGUGGGCCGAAGGCGAAGGGAAGAGACGAGCUCCGAAUAUUCGUAUUUUUGUCUGGGGGGAGGAGGGGGUGAUCACAUAGACAUAUGUGUAUAUGUUUAUGUGAUCACACAACGGGAUGAGCCGAUAUGAGCCGAUGUGGGCCGAAGGCGGAGGGAAGACAGUAACACCGACCGGGGGUGUGUCGGGGGGGGCGAAUAUUCGGAUACCAAAAUUAAUAUCCGGAUACCACCGUAGCGAACGAAUAUUCGGGAUAUUCGGGUCCAGCCCUAUGCAUAACGGUCACCAAGAGAUUUAAAACAAUAUCAAAUUGAUACAGAACAACUUCAAAGAGACACAAUGAGACACAAAACUACAACAAAGAGACACAAAACUACAAUAAAGAGACAAAACUACAUCAAAGAAAUGACUACACAGAGGUAUAAAUUAAGGACAGAGACACAAUACAACCACAAAGAGACAACAAUUGGACUCAAUAAUGCAAAGAACCACAGUGUGUGGUCGUGGUUGUGUUGUUUCUACAUGUGUGUCCUCAGGGUCAACCCGUGUCGUAAUGCUGAGCUGGACAUGAUGCUGGAACUCUCUCGGUGAUUCUGCUGCUCUCCAUAACGAAGCUCUUGUUUUUCAGCCAACAGACAGUCACACACAGCGAACAAUCAGUCAGUGUCAAAAUAAAAGUCUGUGCUGUGAGCCGCUCUCAGUGUGCCUGAAGAAACCCAGAUGUACAGAGGCUUUAUAUUUCUAUUAAAAAUGCUGUCAGCCCCGCUCCACUCUGUACAUACUGUAAAUGCUUCGAGCCUGUUUUUAAAGAGGGUAUUUUUCUCUUGAAUUUCAUGAUUGUGCCAAAACGAUUGAAUGACGCACGGUGCGAAAGUAAAAAGGUGCUACGCUGCUCGUUUUAGAUGUUUACUGCAGCAAAUGUUUUUCCACUGACGCUUCAUGUCUGGAUGUAACUUCAGUCUUUGCCAAAGCUUCAUAUAAGUUUUAAAAACUGCAUGAUCGGCUGCUGCUUUUUAGCACAUUCCUAACUGGUGUUUUAUAAUGAUGAUGUCUGCCGGUGUUUAAUGCAGAAAUAAACGUGGAAAAAUGAUGAGCUGUCAGAGGAAAGACGGGCAGAUUGUUGUUGUUUGCAAAAUGUUGAUUAAAUAAAAUUUUUAUGCUUAAAUUAAAAGAAUGGUUUGACA